UAUCUUGUAUUCUCGCAUCGCAUGGAGGGCACUCAUCCUGUGCUUAAUGAAAUCGAUAAGGGAUAUUUUGAAUCAUCUACUGAACAGCUCAACAUAUGACGCUGGAAUUGCACCUGACUACGAAAGAGAUGUGGCAACGGAGGUUGAUGUUCAGCUUGAAAUAACAAGUAUCGACUCCAUUAGUGCCAUAUCCAUGGAUUACUCAAUGAACGUGUUUUUGCGACAGACAUGGAGAGACUCUCGCCUCAACUUCUCUCAUAUCAGCAACAUCAGUGUCCUAGAACUAGACCAGAGGCGUAUUGGUGACGUGUGGAUCCCUGACCUCUUCUUCAAGAAUGAGAAAAGCGCCAGCUUCCACACCAUCACGGUCCCAAACAAACUUCUCCACAUCUACAACAACGGUUCCGUCAUCUACAGCAUCAGAUUAUCAUUAACUCUGUCUUGUAUGAUGGAUCUUCGAUAUUUUCCAAUGGACGACCAGACCUGUUAUAUUUUCAUGGAAAGUUAUGCUUACUCUAAAGAGAACGUUGCCUUGAGGUGGAAUCCCAAAGAACCGGUUAUCUUUAAACUUGACGAUAACGACGAACAGAGGCUACCUCAGUUCUAUUUCUACAAACCACUGGAGACCAAGGGCGGUUCUAACGUCAACUCGUUUAAUAUAGAGUUUUCCUGUCUCGAAGCCAAACUGUUCAUUCAAAGAAAUUUGGGAUUCUACAUGUCACACGUGUUUAUUCCAAGCAUGCUGAUUGUCAUCCUUUCCUGGCUCUCGUUUUGGAUUCACUUGGAUCAUGUUCCCGCGAGGGUUUCGCUAGGAGUCAUCUGUGUGCUCACCAUGACAACGCAGAGUUCCGGUAUACGGUCCUCUCUUCCGGUUUUGUCUUACAUAAAGGCCAUUGAUAUCUGGUUGGCUGUUGGACUUUUGUUUGUAUUUGCCGCUUUAUUGGAAUACGCUUAUAUAAACGUUCACACAAGAAAACAUCGCAAACAAGCUAAGGACAAUAAGAAAGAUGGAAAAAGCAUGCAGAUUGCGGAACCACAACCGAAGAAAGAUUUCAUGGACCGAGCUCGACGAGUUGAUAGAGUGUCAAGAAUUGUAUUUCCUCUCUGCUAUGUUGUAUUCAAUAUUGUUUUUUGGGUUGUCUACCUUGCAAAAUAAUUGAUUUUAGUUUUCGCAGUGAUACUCUAUCAAGACAUUUGUUUUAUUGCUCAAUAUUCCCGACUGCAUUACAUAUACAUAUUUGUGGACUGUCAUCGUCAUUAUUGUCAUUAUUACACUGAACGAUAUCAGUUGCAUCACUUCUUACCAUGUAAAUUUCAAGUUUUCGCACGUGAUUCUUAAAUUCAGUUUCUAAACAAGGUUGGCUCUUGUGUCUCUCUGUGGAGAUGAAAUGUAUCUCUUAUUUAUUUAUAAAUCCAAUUUAAUAUCAUGCACUUUCUAAUAUGUUUCACAUCAAAUCAACUGUGUUUGUGUUAUAUAUUUGUUUUCAAGUGUUUAUGUGAUUUUUGAAAAGUAAUAAAGAAUAAUGUG